AAAAAAAAAACAUUUUUUUUCAGGUGAUACAUUGUGAAACUGAACGACACCACGUGAUUAAAAGGAUGCAUGCAGAAGAAGGAGGAAACUGAAACACAUCACGUCGAGCAAUUUCAGAGACCUUACAGCCAGAGGCUUUACCAGUGUACACGCUGUAGAAAACCAUGGCCCACAGCAAGGAUUCACCAUGGACUUUAGAGUUCCCUCAGGAUCUUCUUCCGUCUGCGGAGCGAACGGCUCUUCUCUAUCAUCUGUGUUACCUGCUUCUGGGAAGAUUCCUCGAUUUGCAGAGUCUGAUCAGAGAACAAGCUCUUGAAACACAACGGGUGUUUAGAUGCUCUGAGGCUGUUAUUAUAAAGUGUGUCGGCACGAGUUCCAACUUGGACUCCUCUCUGUUCCCAAUACUGACGAAAGUCGUUGAAAAGAACAAACACCUUUUGGCUUUGUCAUACAUGGGGAAAGUCAGAACAUGGAUUGAUGACAUCAUUAAACCUGUUGAUUCCAUGGUGAAGAGGUAUGAACAACACAUCCAAAGUGUGGAGAAGUGUGCUGUUGAUGUGAUUCAAAUACAGAAAAAACUGGAAGAACCAUUUGAACCUUUAAAGAAGAUCAAGAGUCUGGAGGAGGAAAUAGCCCAGCUGGAAGAGAGGAUGAGAGCAGAAAAUGUUAGUUGGAUGAACAAAAACCAUCUGACUGAACUUCAGAAGCAGUUGGGCCGUUACAGAAUGAAGCAUGGUCUGAUUGUCUACCUGGAGGAGGUUCAGAAGUGUCUUUCUCGAAUCAAGCAGAUUCUGUUUCAGCUUCAGAAGUUCUGGGAGAGAGUGGGAUCUCUGCUGGACACACUGAAAGACAGGACCCUUGUUGGGGACAAUCUCACUGAGGACCUGGAUGACAUGAAGGAGGAGUUUCUGACCUCCACUGAAGCAGCAAGAGAGUACUGGAAGACAUUCGGUGUAUCCUGUCGACGUGCACAAGGUGUUUUCAGCGUUCAGUCUGAAAAUGCAUAUAAGUUCCUGGAUAUCAAUCGGUCUUCCCUCUCAGAGGAUGAACAGAUGGAGCAGUACAAGUCUGUCAUGGAGAAGCUGAAGCAGAUCAGCCCGCAGUAUUCAUCCACUGAGUGAAACACAGAGAUCUGACGCUUCCUCUCACACAUUUAAACGCUCCUUAUAACGCAUGCGCAUUUUAAUGCAUACAGCUUCUCUUGUCAUUUUUGUAAUGCAUCUUUACAACUCCUCUUAUCCAAGUUCAUUUACAAUUCUACAUAAAUAUUCUUUAGUUAGCUGGUGUUAUGGAUACUAUUAUUUCUAUUUCUGAAUUGUGCUGUAUCUCUGGUUAAAAUUGCUUUGCAUUUCAUUAUAGUAUAUCAUAUAAUCAUGUAGUCUGGUCACAUGACUAAUGUCAAUGUCACACAAUAAAGACAGAAUGGGUCACCACAA